AUGGUUGGCCUGCGAGAACUGCUGACCACCGCCGAAGGCUGCGAUCUCAUCAUCGUCUGUCAAGGGGAGUUUUUCUUCGUUCACAAGGCAGUCAUCGGUCCUCAAUCAACCGUGUUGAAAACCGAGACUUCCAAUUCUCAGUUUCUCAAUGGCGAGGCUUACAUUGUGGCCGACAUCUCCGCGAUGGUCUUCCGCAAGGUCCUGACAUUCCUCUAUCGCGGCGAUACCUCUGACUUUCCACCACUCCAUCAAACUGCAUUCAAAUGUGUGCCGCCAACACUGGAAUAUUUCGCCAACACCUUUCCAAACACUGAUAAAUUCUUGACAACUGUGGUUGGCAAGCCUGUCCCAAAGUCCAGCGUCAGUAUUCCCUCGGCGGGACCCGACAUGAUCGGCAACCGUGACAAAUGGGCUGUUUUGAUUGGCAAGCAGCGUGUGAUGGGUAAUCUCUAUGAAGAGAAGACCUGCACUAAUCUUGCUGAGGUUUCCAAAGAGAUGGACAUCUUCGCCGCAGCUCAGCAGCUCGACAUGGCCGCUCUGAAAGAAUUGGCAAUGAAGAAGGUUUUCGCAUGGUUCGAGAAAGAGCUACGACUGGGAACUCCUCUCUCUGAGGAGCUGAACAAAGUAGCGGAACUCGUGUUGCGUAAGGAGAAAUCAUUUGUCAAGCCAUUCUUCCGUCUUUACGCAAAGUUCUUUCCUACGGUAGGAAUGAACCUCACGUUCUCUAGGCUGAUGAGGGAGCUGGAUCGAGACACCUUUGAUAUGCUCGCCGAGCUUCAUUCCCAAUGGACGACUGAACGCAGCCGACUGGACGAGGCACUGGAGCAGACUACACGGAAAGCCGCCGAUCUCGAAGUCGAAGUCAACCUGCUCAAGGCCCAAAAGGCUAGUUCCGAGACUCAACAGAAGGACCUGGAAAACUUGAAGGAAGCUCUGAAAAUAUCUCAGGCCAAGGAAAUCGUAUCCGCAACCAAGGCGGAGUUGUUUGAGAACCUGAACAAAACUCUGCAGAUGGACUUGCUCAUGACUAGAGUUUCAAACUUACAUUCGAACGAAAACCACCCACCGAGAGCCGACCCAAGACCCAAGAAGGACACCGCUACUGAAGAUGCAGAGAAGCUCAAGAGACAAAUCACAGACACCCAGCAGGCUCUGCAGCAACAUAAGGCUGGCCAUAAAAAGGUAAAGAAUGAUCUGAAGAGGGAGAAGCAGUUGCUGAAAGAACAGUUGGAUGAUCUCAAAGAUGCUUUCAAAAUGUUCAUGGAUGAUGUCAAUAAGUCAGGCCGCUGUGCUGGCUGCAAACGGCAGUGGAAUUUCACCAUCGAUCAGGACCACUAUGAUUCCAUCAAAAUCGCCUGCAAGUUGUGCCAUGAGGAGGUCUGGUAUUACGAGGACAGAUGA